UUACAGUCGGAGAAUUGCGGUUUGGACCUUUGUGAGUCUCACAUCUGCUCGGGAUGUAAGACGCGUCUCGUAACUCAGACAAGGAGAUGGGUUAGUGUGAUAGCGGUCCAACCGAUUUGCGAUUCGCUACACAGUAAAUAAGACGUGCAUUUGUUUGGGAAUAGUUGAUGAUUAAAUUCAGGGCAAAGUGCAUGACUACACAAGUCAGACGUCGAGUAUCAUCGCCAUUGCAUAACUUUAACUUCCAUGUAUCUGAAGUUGGGCACCAGGAUUUGAGCGCUAUGUGGUACUUUUGCGAUGUUUUCGGCCGUAUAUGGCAAUCACCGUUUAUUUUGUUUUAUUUGUUGGCGUUUUGGGUCGCACCUGCGUUCCUGCAUCCACAGUGUUUGGAUUUUAAACCCCCCUUUCAGCCUCAACAAGAGCUUCAGUUCUGUCAAAUGUAUAAAUACUUCGGCUGCUGUGACUAUGCCAGGGACCAAGAGCUGAUGGCAAAAUACUAUCGGAUAAUGGAAAACUUCGAUUAUUAUGAAUAUUCGAACUGUGCCGCGUACAUUCAGGAUCUGCUUUGUCAGGAAUGCUCUCCAUAUGCUGCUCACCUUUUUGAUGCCGAAGACCCCAGCACGCCUUUACGGACCAUACCUGGACUCUGCCCAGACUAUUGCUCUCAAUUCCAUUCCAAGUGCAGAUCCUUUAUUACCUUGUUGUCUGAUGAUCCACGUCUUCUAGAACUUGAGCAUGACCAGCGCAGGCUUUGUCAGUACCUAGAGCUGGAUGACCCAGAUUACUGCUAUCCUCAUCUGCUGAGUAAUGAACGCUUGACCAAAAAUCUUGGCCGCACCGCAGCGGAUCCUGAGGGCUGCUUGCAGCUGUGUUUAGAGGAGGUAGCCAAUGGACUCAGAAAUCCUCUUGCCAUGGUUCACGCCAAUGAUGGCACGCACAGGUUUUUUGUUGCUGAACAAGUUGGCCUGGUCUGGGUGUACCUUCCAGAUCGAUCAAAGCUUGAAAAUCCAUUUCUAAACAUCACAAAGGCUGUGUUGACAUCUCCAUGGGAAGGCGAUGAAAGAGGAUUUUUGGGACUCACCUUUCACCCCAACUUUAAAUACAAUGGAAAGCUAUAUGUAUACUACUCUGUUGAGGUGGGCUUUGAUGAGAGAAUCCGUAUCAGUGAGUUCCGUAUCUCUUCUACGGAUAUGAAUGUAGUUGACCAUGGUUCAGAGAGAAUCAUUUUAGAGAUCGAUGAACCUGCUUCUAAUCACAAUGGUGGGCAGCUACUCUUCGCCGAUGACGGAUACUUAUACAUCUUCACUGGGGAUGGUGGAAUGGCAGGAGAUCCAUUUGGGAAAUUCGGAAAUGCACAGAACAAAUCUGCCCUUUUGGGAAAGGUUCUUCGCAUUGAUGUAGAUGACAACGAAAGGGGGCCACUGUAUAAAAUCCCACCAGACAAUCCGUUCGUACAUGAACCCAACGCUCGUCCCGAGGUGUAUGCCUAUGGGGUGAGGAACAUGUGGAGAUGCUCUGUAGACAGAGGGGAUCCGAACACUAAGGAAGGAAAAGGACGAAUUUUCUGUGGGGAUGUGGGCCAGAAUAAGUAUGAGGAAGUAGACAUUGUGGAGAAGGGCCGGAAUUAUGGCUGGAGAGCAAAAGAGGGUUUCUCUUGUUACGACAAAAAACUCUGUGCCAACAGCUCCUUAGAUGAUGUUCUUCCAAUUUACGCAUAUCCACACAAAAUGGGGAAAUCGGUCACAGGUGGAUAUGUUUACAGAGGCUGUGAAAAUCCAAAUUUAAAUGGCAUGUACAUAUUUGGAGACUUCAUGAGUGGACGCCUGAUGAGUUUAAAGGAAAACAGAAACACACACAGUUGGGAAUACAAUGAGAUCUGCAUGGGUGUGGGGCUGACUUGUUCAUUUCCAGGGAUCAUCAACAAUUACUAUCCAUACAUCAUUUCGUUUGCAGAGGACGAAGCAGGUGAACUCUAUUUCAUGUCCACCGAAAUACCAAGUGCAACAUCUCCUACAGGCGUUGUGUACAAGAUUGUUGACCCCUCAAGACGUGCACCUCCAGGAAAAUGUCAUUAUGAGCCACUUUCAGUUCGUGUUAAGAGCAAUCUUAUACCAUUCAAGCCAAUGGAAACAUUGAUAGGAGUCCAUGUUCCAACAAAGCAACCCGGACUCUCAAAUGCAGAGGGAGAUCCUGAAGAUGGCUCAAAAGACUGGCUUCAAGAGCUGCUGGACAUCUACAAUGAGCUAGAUGGGCAGAUCACCACCACACCAAUCACCCCAACUACACCCAAGCCCAUCAGAACGUCCAGACAGCGGAAGGGUAGACGCAGGAAGGGCAAGCACAAGAACGGAGCGGUGAGAUUAGUCGGGGAUGAAGAGGGUCGGAGGGAUCGGGGAAGGGUGGAAGUACACGCAAAUGGGGAAUGGGGAACCGUUUGUGAUGAUCUCUGGAACACCAAGAAUGCCGUAGUGGUCUGCCGGCAGCUCGGGUUCCACCAUGCACUUAAGGCUGCCAAGCACGGCGAGUUUGGGGAAGGGACGGACCUGAAGAUUAUUUUGGAUGAUGUGCAGUGUGAGGGGACCGAGGAAACUCUCUUGGAUUGUCAGCACGCUGGGAUUGGCACACACAACUGCGCUCACUACGAAGAUGCAGGAGUGAUAUGUGGAAAUUCAGAUUCAGGCCUAGUAUAAUCUGAAACGUUUCAGAUACAAUGUUUUUGUUAUUAGUUGUAGCACAUACCUCAUCUUUUCCAACUGCAACAGAGAAGACAUAUGGACUUUUUUCUCAGUCGCUUUGGUACAUUUCUCGAAUCACCCUUAACAUUGCAAACCACUAAGGGCAUUUCUCGAAACAAUUUGUGCAAAGAACACCACGUAAUAGAUGUCCUGCAAAAGCUUCUAACUUCCAUAAAUCAUACAGAAAAGAAAAAGACAAGUAUACAGUAUUACAGUACAGUGCACAUUGUUGGAUUACCAUUGUAAGAUUGGAUUGGCCAUUGUUAGGCCAUGAUUGAGAACCUUGUUUCACAUAGUGGCCUUUAUUUAAUCAGAAACUUGCCUAUGUCCUCUGCCUUUUCUGCCUACCUUUUUGACCUUUUUUAAUUUCUUUCUUGUUCUUUCAUUGUCAGAAAUUGUAACACUGUGUUGUGCUCUGUCUAUAUAUGCUAGCCAAAUGAAGCUUCAUGAGAUGCGCCUCUGGGGUAUUUUACAGAACUGGUUGAUCAUUGGUUGAUCAAAUAAUUUUACAUUUUCUUCAUUAGUGAAAUUCAAGAUUUACCUGCGCAAUUCAUCAAUUCAGGACACAUUUGCCUAAAAGUCUAAAAGAAAUUUAUAGAAAAUAUGCUUGACAGAUUAUGAAAACUAGUUAAACCAUUUUGCAUUUACUGACUUAUGCAAUGUAAGGCAAUGUAAGACUACGUAAGACUACGUAAGACUAUUGAACAGAGAACCAGUAGGCAUAUAAUAUAUUAUGAUCAACAUGACAAGCAAUUGAUAAUGUAGGAAACAGCAGAAAUCAAUUGCAUGAAUGUACCAUUGACAGUUUGUUCAAAAGAAUGAGAAAUUGCGUAAAGAUGUGUACAAGUGACUUGAUGGUGUGGAGGUUGAAUAAGUAGUUUUGAGAAUUUCAAUUGUGAAUGAGAAAUGUACCAAAGUGGCUGAGAAAACUAAAAAGUCAUUUUUGAGUUUAGUUUAAAUCAUAACUAAACAGUAAUGUUAAGGCUUUUUGUGCUCAAAUUCAUAAACCUAUGUGGAUGUUUUACUAGUUUGAAUCAAUUAAGUUUUGUUGUCAUCUUUACGAAACUUCUGUAACAGUUCAUUUAGCAUCAUUCAUUGACAUAAAUAAAUUUGGAAUGAGA